AGCAUUUUGGCUGUAUUAGCCUUAAAAUUCAGUUUUUGAGCCUAUAAAUAUCCAAAUAAGUUCUCAGAAUAACAAUCAUCUCUUGUUCUGAUUUCUAAUUGAGAAAACUAGACAACAAAGUUUCAUCAUUCCAAUCUGUUGCAGAGAAAAGCUUACAAUGGGCUCAGUUGCAGAAGAAAAGAUCCCUCUUCUCACUCCAUACAAGUUGGGAAAAUUCAAUUUAUCACACAGGGUUGUAUUGCCACCACUGACAAGGUGCAGAUCUUAUGGAAAUGUUCCACAGCCUCAUGCUGCUGUGUUCUACUCUCAGAGAGCUACAAAAGGGGGUCUUCUGAUAGCAGAAGCCACUGGAAUUUCUGAUACUGCUCAAGGGUACCCAAGUACUCCUGGCAUAUGGAACAAAGAGCAAGUGGAGGCUUGGAAGCCUAUUGUCAAUGCUGUUCAUGAGAAGGGUGGGAUCUUCAUUUGCCAAAUCUGGCAUGUGGGAAGGGUUUCUAACUAUGAUUACCAGCCCAAUGGACAAGCUCCUAUUUCCAGUAGUGAGAAAAAAGUCAGUCCGCAACCUCAACAUGACGGUUCAAUCUCAACAUACUCCACUCCACGACGGCUUGGAAUCGAAGAGAUACCACAAAUCAUCAAUGAUUUCAGACUAGCUGCAAGAAAUGUCAUUGAAGCUGGCUUUGAUGGAGUAGAGAUACAUGGAGCACAUGGCUAUAUACUUGAGCAAUUCAUGAAAGACAGUGUUAAUGAUAGAACAGAUGAGUACGGGGGUAGCCUAGAAAAUCGUUGCCGCUUUGCUUUUAUAGAGAUUGGUGCUGAAAGAGUAGACCUCCGAUUAUCUCCCUUUGCGACUGAGGUAGAUUGUUGGGAUUCUGACCCUGAUGCACUUGGGGUCUACAUGGCUCGGUCAUUGAAUAAAUAUGGGCUCUUAUACAUCCAUAUAACUGAGCCUCGAAUGACUUUUGAGGAAGGAAAGUUGAAGAUUCCUCAACGCCUUCAUGAAAUACGAAAAACUUAUAAGGGGACCUUACUCACAGCAGGAGGCUAUGAUAGAGAGGAAGGAAAUAAGGCUAUUAAAGAAGGAUAUGCUGAUCUAAUAGCAUUUGGCCGCUUUUUUGUAGCUAAUCCAGAUUUGCCUAAAAGAUAUGAACUAAAUGUUCCUUUGAAUAAGUAUAAUAGGCUUACCUUCUACACUUCUGAUCCAGUUGUUGGCUACACUGACUACCCCUUUCUUGAAUCGUUGAAGGAAUAAUCACGUUAUUCAAAUGCUAGAGAUCUCAAUAUCUCUAGCAAUACCUGGUUCUUGGACUAUUGAAAAAAAUCAUUGCAAAUGUAUUUCUAGUAUGACA